AUGGUAUCUGCUUCUUCGACGGCUUUGUCGAAUCCAUUCGUUUUAUUCAAUGUUAUUUUAAUACUAUUUGCCUUAAUCCACAGCGCCAGCGCGGCAUCGCCCGAUGACUGGCGAGACCGAUCAAUCUACCAACUUAUCACCGAUCGUUUCGCCCGCACUGAUGGCAGUACCGAUGCCUUGUGCGAUACGCAGGCCAAAAAGCGAUGUGGAGGAUCAUGGCGAGGUAUAAUCGACCACUUGGACUAUAUCCAAGAUAUGGGCUUCACUGCCGUCUGGAUAUCGCCAGUUGUCAAAGGUGUAGAUUCGCCACUGGCCGGAGAGAACUAUCAUGGCUUCUGGCAGCAAGAUGUCACGCAACUCAACUCACAUUUCGGGACCGAUGAGGACUUGAAGGACCUUUCGAAAGCGCUUCACGACCGGGGCAUGUUUUUAAUGGUCGAUAUCCUAAUGAAUAACCUCGCAUGGCCUGGCCCGGGUAGUUCAGUCGAUUACGCCCAAUUCCCCGCACCUUUCAAUCAAAAGUCUUCUUUCCACACUUAUUGCCCCAUUACCAAUUACACCGAUCCCACGGACUACCAGCAGUGCUGGCUAGGAAAUGACGAGGUCUCCCUCGCCGAUAUCAAUACCGAGUCCCCCGUAAUCCGCAAGUUCUUCCAGGAUUGGGCAAACGACUUCAUCCAGAAAUACGCGAUCGAUGGAUUCCGAAUCGACGCGACGAAACACGUGCGAAAGGACUUCUGGGAGGACUUCCAUGACCACGUCCAAAACACCUAUACCAUCGGAGAAGUCUACACGGAGGUUCCAUCAGAGGCCUGCGAAUACAUGGUCCAUGGGCUGGACGCCGUCCUUAAUUUCCCUCUCCUGUACCGCAUCGUGGAGAUCUUCGCUCAUCCGGAGAACCCCGCUGGCAACUUACAAGGAACGUUGGACGACCUAAAGGCCAACUGCACGGACACGACCCUUCUCGGCACCUUCAGCGAGAAUCACGAUCUCCCCCGUUUCGGCUCCGCCAUCCAGGACAUUUCGAACCGCAAGAACGCGAUUGUCUACGCCAUGCUGGGGGAUGGAAUCCCCGUGGGAUAUUAUGGACAGGAACAGGAAUUCGUUGGCGGCUCCGAUCCAGACAACCGCGAGGCGCUCUGGACCUCCGGUUACGACACCACAAGCCCUCUGUACCAGAUGACAAAGCGAAUCAACUUGGCGCGCAACUGGUUUGUGAGGUGGGAGAAGAGCCCCCAAUAUAAUGGUUACUGGAGGCACAAGAGCAAGCUCGUUUAUUCUGACAACAACGUCGUGGCGACUCGAAAAGGGUUUGAUAUGAGCUUAGUAUCCAUUGUGACAAAUAAGGGGUCCACUGCGCCGGACUUCGGUCCGUUAACUAUCAGUGACACCAACUGGAAAGACGGCCUUCCGAUUGUCGAUGUGUUGAGCUGCCAAACGACCAAGACGGGCGCAUAUGGGUCGUUUUUGACCACUCUGACAAAGGGGGAGCCUCAGGUACGCCUGGACACCGCGCACUUGUUACCCAACGUAAUGCUAACCAUCAACCAGGUCUGGAUUCCCAUUGACAUGGCCGGGGCUGAUCUGGAGAAAAUCUGCCCGUCCACCAACGCGUCCCCUUUAUCCCCCGCCACAACAGGUGACGCAUCGGUGGCAGGUCCAAGGUUCAUAUUGAGCCUGGCUUGUAUCGCGAUGACGUUCGCAGCCAUUUUGUAA